GGACCUCAACUCUUUUUUCUUCACUUUAAUUUUAUUCUCUUCACUUCCGCUCUCUAUCACCUCUCUCUCUCUCUCUCUCUCUCUCUCUCUCCACCUCGUCUUCCGCUUCCAUUGAACUAAAAAGCGACCCCUCCUCCUCUUAACGCCCAUCAUCAACUGCCGUGGCUCCUCCUCCUCAAUUCCCAUCUCCAACCACCACUUUCUUUACUGUCCGAUGCUCUGAUUGAGUCUCGGAGGUUUCAAUGAUGGCUGUUGAAGACCAAAAGUCAACGUCCGAUGGAAAGGUCUGGGGUUUUUUGAAGCAAACGUUUAAGCAUUCCACUGGCGGUGCUACUACUUCCUCUCGUACUUCUCAUCAAACUCAUCCGCCUGUCGAGGGGACCAAUCCUCAUACCUCCGCUUCUGUCUCCUCUGUUGCUAGGUCGCUGCUUCCGACGCGGCGCCGGCUCAAGCUUGAUCCAUCGAAUAAGCUUUUCUUUCCUUAUGAGCCUGGUAAGCAGGUUAGGAGUGCCAUUGGAAUAAAAAACACGAGCAAAUCUUAUGUUGCAUUCAAGUUCCAAACAACUGCACCAAAAAGCUGCUUCAUGCGUCCUCCUGGUGCAAUUCUUGCCCCUGGAGAGAGCAUCAUAGCCACUGUUUUCAAGUUUGUUGAGGUUCCCGAAAGCAACGAGAAACCUGUGGAUCAAAAGAACAACAGGGUUAAGUUUAAAAUUAUGAGCUUGAAGGUGAAAGGACAAAUGGAUUAUGUGCCUGAACUGUUUGAUGAGCAGAAGGACCAAGUGUCUAUAGAACAGAUAUUGCGGGUUGUUUUCCUGGAUCCAGAACGUCCCAAUGCAGCUUUAGAAAAAUUGAAGCGCCAAUUAGCGGAAGCCGAUGCUGCACUUGAGGCACGCAAGAAACCACCGGAGGAAUCGGGCCCAAAAAUAAUUGGAGAAGGGCUGGUGAUAGACGAAUGGAAAGAACGGAGGGAAAGAUAUCUGGCAAAACAGCAAGUUGAAGGGGUAGAUUCUGUAUAGGUUUGGUUUUAGUUUUUUUUUUCUCCCGGCAAUGCUUCUGUAAUUUGAAAGGGAUUUCCAAAUGAACUCUCGAGUAUCGAUUCUACCCUUAAAAAGUCAUGUAAUCUUUUUCUUUUGGUAUAUUAUCCAAAAUAUUGUUUAGGUGAAGAUGAACUUGUUUUAUUUUCAUUGAACGAAACCCCCCAAGGUCAAGUCUUGUGUAAUUUGGGACACCGACUGGGAUUACUCCUUUUAUAUGUAGAUAAAGAUAAUAUGAUUUGUUUCUUUCUCGCUAAUAAAUUGUCUGAGGUGGAAUUUAUCCUA